CCCCAUGAAGCCGGGUUCGAUACCUGGUAAGCUGUUAGUAGCUCUUAUAAACCCAACAACAAGAAUCAUCCGGCCCAAGAAUGGCCAGAAGCACCUACCGGAAUUUUAUGAGAUUGCUUGAUAAAUGGCCGGUCGAUUCAACAAAAGGCGCCGGACGGGAUCUUGGUGAACAUUUGCGUCUUCGUGUUACAGAGGGCUUUAAGCAUGGUGAUGCCACAGCUGUAGAUGAAGAACAUUGCCAAAGGAUAUAUGCUUCUCUUAAUCGUAUAGCUACAAAUGUAUAUGCUAAACAUUACCCACGUUCACUGAACAGUACAGCAACAGGCCUUUCGGGAGCUGAGUGCAAACAGAUGGUAUCCAAGGAAUUUUUAAAUAUGAUGGAACAUGAGGAUAAGGGAUUCUUUGCACGCCUAUUCAAGAAAAAUUAAU